CGUGCCAAGUACUUCUCUUUUUUUUUUUUAACGAGAAUGUCUUCGACCGAGGUUUAUCAACUUAACUUUGGUCCCAUUACGGCCCAUUCUUUCAAUAAAGAUCGAACACAGGUUGCAAUUUGUCCUAAUAAUAAUGAAGUUCAAAUAUACACAAAGGCUGGUAAAAGCUGGAAUUUAAUACACACCUUAGCGGAACACGAUAAACUUAUAACUAGCAUCGAUUGGGCUCCAGAAUCAAAUCGAUUAGUUACAAGUUCUCAAGAUCGUAAUACUUAUGUCUGGAAUCUUGACGAAACUGGUGAAUGGAAACCAACUUUAGUGUUGCUCCGAAUUAAUCGUGCUGCAACAUUUGUUCGUUGGUCCCCAAAUGAAAAUAAAUUUGCUGUUGCAUCUGGUGCACGCGUUAUAGCAAUAUGUUACUUUGAUGAAGAACAUAAUUGGUGGACUAGUAAACAUUUGAAAAAACCAAUUAGAAGUACCGUGUUAAGUCUAGAUUGGCAUCCUAAUAAUACACUUUUAGCUUCAGGUAGUGCUGAUUUCAAGGCAUGUGUUAUAUCUGCAUUUAUUAAGGGUGUUGACAAAAGACCACCGCCAACGGCGUGGGGUGAAAAGUUUCCAUUCAAUACUGUCCUUGGCGAAUUCUCCAAUGGUAGCGGUGGAUGGAUCCAUAGUGUCGCUUUUUCACCUAGUGGUGAAGCUUUAGCUUUCGCAGGUCAUGACUCUGAAAUUAGUAUUGCUUAUCCUGGGGGUGCUAUUAAAAACAUUAGGUUAACUGGUUUACCGUAUCUAAGUUUACUCUGGACAUCUGAAGAUAAAAUAAUUGCAGCUGGCUAUGAUUGUGCACCUGUAUUAUUUGAAAAAGCUAACGAAGAAUGGAAAUUAUCAAGAAUAAUUGAUGCCGGAAAAAAGAAAGUCAUGGGCGAAUCAACUGCCUUUAAUAGAUUUCGCGAUUGGGACUCAAAAGGUCGCGGUGGUAGUGAAGAUUCUGAAUUGAAUACUAUUCAUCAAAAUACAAUAACUUCAAUUCGACAUUAUGCAGGGACACGUGAAAACGUAACACAUUUUUCUACAAGUGGGUUAGACGGGAAAUUAGUUACUUGGGAUUUAGAAAGUCUUGAAAACCAAUUUAGAAACUUAAAAGUAUAAUAUGAAAAGAAUUCAUAAUUUUUUAUCUUUUUUUAUGGUCUAAUUAUUUAAUAAAUUGCGAUUUAUUUUAUAUAUACUGUAUUUUUAUUUACAGUUAUAGUGAUAGAAUUAUCUCACAUAACAAAUAAAAUUUCAUUUUUAAUGAUUCUACACCUUUAAAUUAAAAUUAUAAAAAAAUCACACUACAAACUAAAAUUAAUUUAAAUGAUUAAAAAAAGAGUGGGGUUAUGUUUUACUAUAAUAACUAAAUAUUAUUGUAUUGUGAUAAUGAUCAAAAAGACAUGCGUUUUUGUUUUUAAUAAAAUUUGUCUCUCGGAUAUUAUGUUAAGAAAAGAUUAGAAAACAAAUUUUUUAAAAACUCAAAAACUAAAAAUUGAAAUAAAAAUUUACACAAGAAAAAACAAAAAUAAAGUUGUAUUGUAAAGGGGUAAAUUA